CCACACUUCAUCCAACAGCAGCACCGCUGUCAUUUCACACCAACUGCAAUAACAGUGUGAGUAAGCCAGACUCUCCCUACCUGUGGUUCCCGUCACAAAUAAACAGGUUAUCAGUAGUAGGACAGGGAGUUUGGACACACUAAGAUGGUCAGGACUGGCAGUAUUUUGAAGUUUGCAGCGUUGUUCUCUGCAUUCCUUCUGGCUGUAUUUUUGACAUUUCAGCUGCUAGAAAUUAACAUGGAUUUAAAGCUGAGUAGCAUGAUGUCAAAAUCUCUGCCGGGGAACUCUCUUACAGAGAAGCCACUCAGGAACAAGUGUGGCCUGUCCAAGUCGUGUCCUGCUGCACACUUUGCCUUUAAAGUUGCGAGUGGAGCUGCCAGUGUGGUGGGGCCCAGAAUGUGCCUGGAGGACAAAGUAUUAAUGAGCAGUGUGAAGAACAACGUAGGGAGGGGCAUCAACAUCGCUCUUGUCAACGGCAAAAAUGGGCAAGUGGUGAGGACAUCAAGUUUCGAUAUGUGGGCUGGAGACGUGGCACCUCUUAUCAAAUUCCUGCAGGAAAUUGAGGAAGGUACAGUGGUGCUGAUGGCCUCAUUUGAUGAUCCAGCAACAAAGCUCAACGAUGAAGCCAGGAAACUCAUUUCUGAUCUGGGUAGCUCGUAUGUCAGUAAGUUGGGCUUCAGGGACAACUGGGUCUUUGUAGGAGGAAAAGGCAUCAAAACCAAGAGUCCGUUUGAACAGCAUAUAAAGAAUGCCGCUGACACAAACAAAUUCGACGGAUGGCCUGAGGUGCUGGAGAUGGAAGGCUGCAUACCCCAAAGAUCAGACUGAAGAACCCAAACUAUCUCCUGCACCACCUCCGUCACAUUAUCCUCCUGACAUUCCUGCCCUUUUCUUUUGACUACUUCUACAGAGCAGACAUGAACUCUUGAAACGCACUGGGAGGAAACAGUCCAGACAUUCUCCUGAGUUUGCAUCCGGCCUGUGAGGGACGCAGCUGGAGAUUUAGCUGGCUAGCUGACUGAAGGAGUUCUGAAGAACCUGCCAAAUGGCUUUGUGCAUCCUCGCAUGCAAGCAAUCUCUAAAGAAUGUCCAGAACUUCUGUGCAUGUCUGAAACAAGCAUAGCACAAUUUUUUUUUUUUUUGAAACCUCUUGCACUCGAUUCUCUAGUUGGAUACUUUUACACAGAGGAGGUGCUUAUAAUUGCAGCUAGAAUGUAGAGUGGGAUGUCUAGAAGGGAUUUAAAUUAUUAUCAAAGUAACUAUUCAAUAUACAGUAGUGUGCAAACCUCCACUAUAUCAUUCAUAGUCCUGGGCCAGAUUAUCUGUCAUUGUUUUUUGUUUUGUUGGGGGGGCAUAUUUUUUCUGAUAUUAUAACCAAAUGCACCAAAUUCACUGUGAAAUUUUGUAAAUAUGUUUAGGUUGAGGAUCCCAGUUUCAUAGAUCCUCAUUAAUAUGUAUUGUAAUAAUAACUAUGAUAAAAUAAUUUCUUAAAAUAAAUGAUUUUGUUAGUAACAAACAAA